AUGGCCAUCAAGGAGGCGAAGACGGAUGCUUUCAAGCGAGCCUUGCGAAUGUUUGGCGAGGCCCUGGGCAAUUGUUUCUAUGACAAGGUCUACCUUGCCUGGAUCGAGAAGCAGCGUUCCCGGGAAGGGAAGCAUGAUCCAUCGAAGCAUUUUGUGCCCGAGAGUCUUCUGCACUCAGGCGGAGUCGGAACAGAGUGGACCAUGGGAAAGAAGAAGAAGCUUGCUGCCGCGCGGCCGGCCACUUACCUCACACCGGAGCCCGAGGAGGCUCGAGCGUGUUUGCGCUUGUCGUGUUGCAGUCACGGAUCUUGUGAUCACUUGAAAGAACGCGGUUUCUGCCGCGAAUGGUUCUUCGUCCGAUGGGUGUCAUCGGAGCCCUUGAUGCCCUCCGAGGUGCUACGAGAGUUGCGAAGUAGCUUGAACGGCCGCAAGUUCAGCCUUUGUGGCGUCCGAAAAGACGUGUGUGUCUACGAGAUCCUGCUGAGGGUCAGUCCCGAUGAUCCGCUCGUCGUGGCAAGGGAGAUCUUGCCUCUCGACUCUGACCAUCCCGAAACGCGCUUUCGCAAGGAUGAUAGCAAGGAGGACGACGAGUGGAAUGGCUUCUCCGACACCGAGUCCAGCAGCCACGACGCAUCAACACCCAUACCGAACCCUUCGAUCCCGGGUCACGCGGCCUUUUCGAUCGACGACCUACAGUCCCACGUUAAUAAGUUCGCAAAGGAACACGGAUUCGGCGUCGUCAGGCACAAUGGAUCAGGCAGUCGCAAGCGGAAGACACGAUACGUGUUUCAGUGUGAUCGAUACGGCAUGCCCCGCCCGUCCAAGGGCACGGGACUCCGUCAAAAAAGAUCGCGGAAGUGCGGCUGCAAAUGGAAGGUUAUCGCAGAAGCACUGGAACAAAACGAAUACAUGUGGACGCUGCGAAACUUCGCCAAUCCGCAGCACAGCCAACACAACCACAACCGCAGCAUAAGUCUCGCCGCCCACCCCAUACAUCGGAGACUAGAUGAGGCCGUCAUGACAACCAUUGAGGCGACAAGCCGGCGCGUCGGCAUUAGGGCUCGCGAUGUACGUGGCAUCGUGAAAGAAAAGCACCCCGACACGCUCUGCACUAGGAAGGACAUAUACAAUGCGAGAGCCCGCCUGCGUCGAAAGAAGUUAGGCGGCUUAAGCCCCACAGCCGCUUUGAUCAAACUCCUCGACGAGCGAAGCAUCCCGUAUGUCGUUAAGUGGUCCACGACUGAGCCGGAUCGCCUCGUUGGCUUAAUUUGGACCUUCCCGUACUGCGUCCAGAUGUGGAAGCGCUUUCCCGAAAUAAUGAGCUUCGACAACACGUACAAUACAAAUCGUUUCAAGCUACCGCUCUUUCAGGUUACAGGGCAGACAUGUUUGAAGUCAGUCUACAACGCCGCAUUCGGUUUGAUCGAUAACGAGAGACGUGAAGGCUUUCAGUUCCUCGCUGAGGGAGUCCGACUCUUAAAUGAGAGGCAUGCGAUCCAGCUACCUGACGUCGUGAUCACCGACUACGACGAGCAAAUGAAGGCAGCAUUGGGCCAUCAAUUUCCCGAUAGCCAGCAGCAACUCUGCAUCCACCACAUCAAUGCAAACGUACUUCUCAACGCCAAGCGAAAGUGGAAAGACGCAAAGGAAGAGGGUGCCAAUGAGAGCGACAGCGACAGCGACAGCAAUCGACGGUCCCGGGCAGCGCUGAGUUCGAGGGACGUGGAAGCCGUCCAUGGCCCGCCUCUACAAAGCUGCGGUACUGUGGCCGUGCCGCACAGCUACCAAGGUGUCCUUGAACUAUGGAAGCUUAUAGUCUUUGCGGAGAACAAAGAGGAAUACGAGAAGGCGUGGUCUCGCCUAUGCCACGAAUUCAACGACCAACAGGCAAUUCUUAUCUAUCUCUACAAAACCUACUUGCCUAUAAGUGCCCAGUGGGCUCACUGCUACAUCAAAAAGUACCGCAACUUCGGCGUUCGCGUGACCUCUGGCACCGAGGCCAGCAACAACAACGUCAAAAGUUACUUGUUGAACGGGACGAGCCAUUUGUACGGGCUUGUUGAAGCAAUUGAGGACAUGCUGAGAGAUCAGGAGCAGGAUUUCGCCGAUAACUGCUCUCAAGAUGAAGUCCUUACGGCACGAACCUAUUUUGGGCCCGGUUCGGAGUACCUGGGAGAACUCCGCAUGGUGGUGUCGCAGCCAGGGCUCGACCUGAUCGCAAAGGAACACCGCCGGGCACUGACGGACACGUUGAAACUGGAAAGACUGGAGGACUUUGAGCUGUAG